GUUUCAGACGCUGGAAACGGUUUCGGACAUUCAAAGUACAAGAGUGUCAAGGACAGUGCAAAGUCGCGCUCCAGCACCAGCAUUUGGGAAAAGGGUAUCAACUCAUCAUACUCAGUUUUCACAACCUGCCUGCAGGCUGUGCCCACAGCAAAUCCAUCCAGAGAUUGCAAGAGCACGUUUAGCUGCUUAAACUGCCAUCAACGACAUCACUCACUGCUGCAUCGGAAUCCAACUGGGAAUCAUCCGCCGACUCAAAAUAAUAGGCCAGCAUUAGAAAAUACGAAGACUAGGCCUGAACAACCCCUAUCCACAUCGAGGAAUGUCAACGCACUUUUCGCAAAAAAUGCGAAAAAUGUCAUAUUAGGCACGGCGAUGGUGCACAUCUGCUAUUCUGGAGUGAACUAUGAGGCAAGAGCCCUUCUUGAUUCGGGAUCAGAAGGUAUUUUUAUCACGAAGCGGUUGCAACGAGUCAUUAAAUUGCCUACUCAACCAUCUGACAUGGAGAUAUGCGGUAUUGAUGCGUCAACAUCUGCCAGGGUGCGGGAAGUCGCAUCAUUUGUUUUAGGUUCUCCUGUCAACCCCCAGUUUAGAAUUGAGGCAAGAGGCCUGAUUCUCCCCCAACUGACAGGAAACCUCCCCCAGUUUUCAGUAGACCAAAUAGAUUUUGGCCUACUGCCCCCAAUUCACUUGGCCGAUGCCAACUUUAAUAAAAGUCAGCAGGUUGACUUGGUAAUUGGUGCGGACUUGUACCCGCAAAUAAUGAUGGAAAACGUUAAGACAAACGUUUUAGGCUCUCUUCUGGCGCAGGAGACAGUCUUCGGUUGGAUCCUCACAGGUCCAACCCCUCAUCCCCCCAAUAUGAUCCCACGAGCAUAUGUAUCUAUGUACACCGAAAUUUCGAGCUCUGAGCUCACUCGGUUUUGGGAGCUAGAACAAGUCCCAAGUAAAAAACAGAUCACUCCUGAGGAAACAUUCUGCGAGCAGCAGUAUGUAAAUACGACUACCAGAACAGAAAAUGGGAAAUAUAUGGUGACUCUUCCGUUCCCAGCAGACAUAGAUCUUGGAUAUUCACGGACUGGUGCAUUGCAGCAAUUUUUAAGAAAUGAAGCGGCCAUGGUACGAAAGCCGGAGCUUUGGGUAGAAUACCAUCGGGUACUCCGGGAAUAUAUAACUCUCGGUCAUAUGAAGUCAGUAGACGGCAGCCUUGGAAACAAAGGACCAGGGUCUUAUUAUCUGCCCCAUCAUGCAGUAAUAAAACCCGACAACACUACUACAAAGGUUCAAGUAGUGUUUAAUGCAUCUAACCCAACAUCUAAUGGGGUAAGUUUAAACGAUGUACUACAUCCUGGUCCAGUUCUCCAAGCCGAUCUCAUUGCGUUGCUACUUAAAUGGAGAUUUUUCAAGUAUGUAUUCAACGCAGAUAUUGAGAAGAUGUAUCGGCAAGUCCUACUACAUCCAAAUGACGCUCGGUUUCAUAGGAUACUUUUUUGGGAUUCAUCCGAAGAGGAGAUUGUGGACUAUGAACUCCAAACUGUGACUUUUGGAGUUAAUUGUGCCUCAUACCUUGCGAUAAGGACGUUAUUGCAGCUGGCAGAGGACAUAAACCUAAAAUACCCUUUAGCAUCUAGGGUUUUGAAGCAACAUAUGUAUGUUGAUGACGUCCUCGCAGGCGCACAUGAUUGCGAGACAGCUAUUCGCACACGAAAUGAACUGGUCGAGGCACUCAAUGGUGCAGGAUUUCUCCUACGAAAGUGGACCUCAAACUCCAAGGAUAUUUUAGUCGACAUACAAAAGGAGCAUCUUCUCAAGGAAGACCUCUUGGAGAUUGACGAUGUAAGAGAGGCAAGGAUGUUAGGCAUCAAAUGGAACGCUGCACAAGAUAGGUUUCAUUUCAACGUCCAGGAGAUGCACGUAAAACCAGCCUACACCAAAGCAAAACUCUUCGAUCCCGCUGGUUGGUUAGGACCAAUCGUCAUCGAGGCCAAAAUCCUGAUGCAGGACAUUUGGCUGACUAAGGUAGACUGGGAUGACAACAUACCAAGAAGCAUUUACGUGAGAUGGCCUACACCAAGAGAGAGAAUUCCAAAGUGGGUUAGGUAUACCCCAUGGAAUGAAAUUGAAUUUCAUGGAUUUUGUGAUGCCUCCGAGAAGGCGUAUGCUGCGGCAUUAUAUGUAAGAGUCCGGGAACGAAAUUCAAGUAUCGCUCCAAACGUAAAUCUGCUGCUCGAUGUUGCUCAACCAGUGGUCUACAAAUGGACAGACUCCACUAUUGUGCUCUCAUGGCUGCAGAAACCCCCGUGCUGUUGGACUACCUUCGUGGCGAAUAGAGUCUCGAAGAUCGAGGAACUCGUUGGAUCGACUGGUUGGAAUCACGUGGAUUCAAAGGAAAAUCCAGCAGAUCUUGGUAGCCGCGGCGUAUCCCCCCAAGAACUAUCGGAGAGCGUUCUGUGGUGGCCCGGUCCCAGCUGGUUAAAGAAGCAACCGUCUGCGUGGCCUCAGAGGCGGAGUGAGCCACUGCACACGGAGCUGGAGCAGAAAGGCGUCAGGACUCACGCAGCACGAAUCAUAGACAGAGAUGACAUCUUGGAACGGUUCUCCGACUUUUCACGCGCGUUGAGGGUAGUGGCGCGAGUUUUUCAAUUCUAUCGGAAAAUACAUCCGGUACUUAAAUUAUUAAAUCAGCACGAAUCUGCGGAAAUUACAGCAGAUGAAAUUCGAGAUGUAAAAACGCGAUUAAUUCUUUUGACCCAAAAGCGUUGUCUUGCGGAUGAAUACGAUGCACUAGCGUCAGCAAACUCAGUGAGCGCUAAGAGCUCCAUUCGCACUCUCAAUCCAUUUCUUGAUAAGAACGGAAUCAUGAGAGCGACCUCGGGCGGUGAGGGACCCGCUCGGAUUGCAUUGGGCAUGUAUGUCCUCACGCCAACUGUGAUGGUGAGAGUGGUGGCAAGUGGCCGAGGACACCCGGUUCGUGCCCUGAUCAACCCAGGGCAAUCGAGGUCGUCGAUAUCCAGAACUCUGGCGAGACGACUGCACCUGCUGCCACGCGAAUAUGCAGAAAGCAUAGACCUAACAUUAAAAGGUUGGCGGGAUCGGAUUAGUCUGACCGCCAAGGUAGUGACAAGUCCCAUGAAGACCACGCCGGCACGCACAUUGGACGCAAGGAUUGUCGACGAGUUCGACAAUAUGCGGUUGGCAGACCCAACGUUUUACAGGUCCAGUGCGGUGCCACUAAUUCUCGGUGCCGAUGUAUACGGCAUGAUAUUGCGGCCAGGACUUAUGCCAGCAACCCCGACGCGACCGGCUGCCCAGAACACCAUAUUUGGAUGGGUGAUCUCUGGCUGUUCACCAUACUAG